AUGAAGCGCGAGCAUGGAGAUUGGGAUUUUCAGACACUAGAUCUUAUGCCAGAGCCCAAGAAGGUGAAAACGAAGGGUGAGUUUACUACAUGUAUUCUACCGCCACCUCUGGAUCCAAACAAGCCAACGUUGGUUUUGGACAUGGACAACACCCUCAUCCAUGCCCGAGAGGGGAAAGCAACGCUCAGGCUCUUCAGCGGGAAAGUUGUGCCACUGGAGCGCUACAUGGUGGCUAAGCGGCCCGGCGUGGACGAGUUCCUGCGAGACAUGGCGAAGCUCUACGAGAUAGUUGUGUUUACCGCAGCGAUGCAAUACUAUGCAGACAAGAUUCUGGACAAGCUCGACCCAGAGGGAUUGAUCACUCACCGCCUGUACCGGGAUUCGUGUGUUUCUUGCGACGGAGGGGAAACAAUGAUCAAAGACUUGUCGCGCUUGGGUCGCGACUUGAAGCGUGUGGUGAUCGUGGACGACAAUCCCCACUCCUUUUCCUUGCAGCCCAGGAAUGGAAUCCCCAUCCCGGCUUUCAAGAACAGGAAGGGGCGGAAGUAUUCACAUCUCAAGGAUAUUGGGUUUUUCCUGGAGACAUUUGCUAAGGCGGAGGAUUUGACACGGGCCCUUGACAUCGCCAAAACAAAGAGAUACAGGAAGAUCUGUAAAAUCUUUUGA